UCCAGCGAGGCCACCGAGUUCAGCCAGGGGCAGUACGGCAUCCUGGCCUUGGGGGGUGGUUAUCUCCACUGGGGCCACUUUGAGAUGAUCCGCCUGACCAUCGGCCGCUGCAUGGACCCCAAGACCAUGUUUGCUGUGUGGCGCGUGCCAGCCCCCUACAAGCCCAUCACCCGGAAGAGCCUGGGGCACCGCAUGGGGGGCGGCAAAGGACCCAUCGACCACUACGUGACAGCAGUGAAGAGCGGGCGCCUGGUCGUCGAGGUGGGUGGGCGCUGCGAGUUUGGGGAGGUGAAACACUUCCUCACGCAGGUGGCCAGGAAGCUGCCCUUCCCUGCGGUGGCCGUCAGCCGCGACACGCUCCAGCGCAUGCAGAAGGAGGAGGAGGAGAAGCAGCUCAACAACCAGAACCCCUGGACCUUCGAGCGCAUCAUCACAGCCAACAUGCUGGGGAUGCGCAAGUACCUCAGCCCCUACGACCUGAGGUUCAAGGGACGCUACUGGGGCAAGUUCUUCCUGAAACACAGGGUGUAACGCGCAGGGGGGGGCUGGGCUGCCUUAAUAAAUCUCCCCCCAUAACUUCUUGUACUUGCUGCUG